GAACAAAAAUAGAUCCACUGUGAUGGUCACGUGCCCGUUUUGCGCUUGCGCAAAGUAGCGUGAUGCGAGUGUAUGGAGGCAAAACGUGUAACGUUGUUUAUGACCUACCGAUAUAAAGAUGAAGAUUGCAGUAGAAGGCUGUUGUCAUGGAGAGCUGGAUAAGAUAUAUGAAAGUAUCAGUUACCUGGAAAAUAAAGAAGGUGUGAAGGUGGACCUGCUGCUCUGCUGUGGAGACUUCCAGGCCGUGAGAAAUGAAGGGGACAUGAAGUGCAUGGCAGUGCCUCCCAAAUAUAGAAGCAUGCAAACCUUUUACAAGUACUACUCUGGUGAAAAGAAGGCCCCGGUUUUGACGAUUUUUAUUGGUGGAAACCAUGAGGCAUCAAACUAUCUGCAGGAGCUUCCAUAUGGAGGUUGGGUGGCUCCCAACAUUUAUUACUUGGGUUAUGCUGGUGUUGUACGCUUCAGAGGAAUACGGAUUGGUGGUCUUUCUGGAAUCUUUAAAUCUCAUGAUUACAGAAAAGGACACUUUGAGUUCCCGCCAUACAACCCCGAAACCAUGCGCAGUGUGUACCACAUAAGAAAUAUUGAUGUCUUCAAGCUUAAACAGCUCAAAAUGCCCUUAGAUGUGUUCAUGACACAUGAUUGGCCACGAGGCAUCUAUCAUUACGGCAAUACAAACCAGCUUCUGCACAAAAAGAAGUUCCUCAGACAGGAGGUGGAGAAUGGGACCCUGGGCAGCCCGGCUGCUGCAGAGCUCUUAGAGCAUUUGCAGCCCAGCUACUGGUUCUCCGCCCAUCUGCAUGUGAAGUUUGCUGCAUUGAUGCAGCACCAGGCUAAGAAUAAUGCUGCCCCAAAGAUCACCAAGUUUCUUUCACUUGACAAGUGUCUUCCACAUCGAGAUUUCCUUCAGAUCGUGGAGGUAGCAGAUAGACCAGGCUCAUCUGAGCAUCUUGAGUAUGAUCCAGAGUGGCUGGCCAUCCUGAAAGCAACAGACAGCCUUCAAAAACCUUCGUGCAACUACUGGAACCCUCCACAGGACAAUGGCCUACACCCCCGGUGGGAUUUCAGUGCCACACAAGAAGCAAUGAUGGAGGUUGUGAGUGAUUUGAGUGGUGACCUCUGCGUUUCUGACAACUUCAGCAUGACGGUGCCCGUCUAUGACCCCAACCGUCCUCAGCGCAAAACCCAGCCAUCCUACUCCACCAACCCCCAAACCACAGAGCUAUGUGCCACUCUCGGCCUGACAGACAUUUAUGCCAUUGCAGGUCAGGGUGUGCAGAAUUAUGCCACAGGUGCAACAGAAGAGGAGGAAGAGGAGGAUGAAGACAACGGGAGCACGGGUAGCACAGAUGAACCAAGUGAAUAUCCCACUGAUACCUCUGUCCUUUCCAACUCCUACAAUCCAGAUGAAAUCACUAUUGAGGAUGAAUGGGAUGAGGAAGAAGAAGAAGAGGAGGAGGGGGUAGGAUGUGCAGAAGAGAAAGGGACUGACGCAGUGGUUCCAGAAGGGAAGGUCGGAGGCCAAGACAGCGAUAGAGACAGCAGUCCUUUCCGAGAGACUGCUAGUAGACUGAUCUUACCACCUCCAUGUGCUCCACCAGAGACGGAGGCACCGCUACGCUCAUCGCUGUCUCUCGUUCUUCCUCCUCCCUCUCUGUCCUCCUCAGCAUCCAUUUCUCAGGGCAGCUCAGAGGAGGAAGGUGGCUUAACUCCAGCCAGGGUUCCCAAACGUACCAGCGGGGAGACACAGGUGUUAGCGAGUCAUUCGGGUGGGACACCUCAAAUCAAACGGAGAAACCAGAGUAUCUACACCGCAGUAGAGGAUGAAGAGAGUGAGGGGUAGAUCAGUAUGAUUACAUUUUUAAUUAUUACAAAAUUAGGCAUGACAAAUGGUCUGCCACACUUUGGACAUUAUUUUCAUGUUUCAUUCCAAACCUGUAUGACUAUUUUUUUUUCACCUGUGGAACAUAAAAAUACAAGUUAGGGAUAAGGGACAGCCAUGGUCAUCUGUAACUUUUAUUGUAUAGAAGAAAUAUCAGACAUUUACAAGACCUGCUUUAUGUUCCACAGAAGAAAUAAAUGAGGUCUGACAUGAGGGUAAAUUACAAGGUUUUUUAUUUAUGGGUGAACAAUUGCUUUAGGGAAUAGGAGUUGCCAAGUUGUUGUGUAAAGCCCCAUUAACGUAAUAACUACUCCCUAUCCUGAUUUAAUGGAAGAGAGCUUUUAAGUUUAAAAUCAUUUGGAAUCAAAAGGAAAAUUAUGUAACAUUUUUUGUUUGUUUUACAGUAUAACUUUCGACCAGUGAUGGUGUUUCAUCUUGAAUUUACUUUGUGAUGGCUUUUAAUGUUCUGUAUAUUUUAUUUUUUUGCCAACGAUAUAUCACCCUCAGUUGUUUGCUAUGUCGCUGCAAUUAUUUUAUUCGUUUUGUUGUAAUUGACUUGGCUUUACUUUUUUUUGUAAAUACAUCAGAGAUCAAACAUGA